AGAGCACGAACUCGUGUGUACUUGGCAUGUAACAUCGAGAACACAGAGGGACACGUAGCGAAACCCCUAGUGCAAACUUGACCAUGGCAGUGGCACGCAGAAACGGUAGUGGCGCCGCCGUUCUGGCGCUGAGCCAGCUCCUCCUCCUGGCCACCCACUCGGCCGCCGCCUGCGGCGGCGGCUACUCACCGUGCACCAAGCCGCCGCCCGUGCCGGCGCCGUGCCCGCCGAUCCCGAGGGCGCCGAGCGGCGGCGGCGGCGGCAUGGGCAGCCAGAGCAGGUGCCCGGUGAACGCGCUGAAGCUGGGCGCGUGCGCGAGCGUGCUGGGCGGGCUGCUGAGCCUGGAGCUGGGCCAGCAGGCGGGCUCGGCGCCGUCGUUGUCCAGUCCCGCGCAGCAGCAGCAGCCGUGCUGCCAGCUCCUGGGCGGGCUGGCCGACCUGGACGCGGCCGUGUGCCUGUGCACGGCGCUGCGAGCCAACGUGCUGGGCCUCGUCCAGCUGAGCAUCCCCGUCCAGCUCAGCGUCGUCGUCAACUCCUGCGGCAAGAACGUCCCGCAGGGCUUCCAGUGCCCGACCUGAUCGACCACUCGUCGUCCAUGCGCGGAUGCGGGCGGGCGUGAACAAGCGCAUGAGAAGCCCUUGUCAAAAAAAAAAAGCGCAUGCAAUGCAACUAUUGGACCUUUAUUCGCUAGUAGGUGAAAGCCCAGAACGCUGUUUUAAGUUGGGCCUGAUCGGUGGCCCGCUGUUUGUUGAGUCGUGUGUACUUGCUGCGUCGUGUGACUCGUCAGAUCCUGUGCUGCUAUGUUGUUGUUGCGUUCGUUGUGGGCUAGUAUUGGGUAGUAGGAAAUCGCGUUGACUGUUGCUUAGUUGACUCUUUGUAAGAGUGUGAUCAUUAAUUGGGUUUAUGUGACUCGUUUAUGGAUUCUAAGCUUGUUCA